AAAGAGGACUCAUCGUCUCAAUCAAUCCAUCAAUCAAUCAUUGCAGUUGCAGUUUUGUUUCUUGUCGUGGAAACAGGAGAGAAUAAUCAAUGAAAAGGUACAGGAAUGUGGAGAUUUGGGAAUUUGAGCAAGAAAUGACAGGGAGGAGAAGGCAAGUUAUUUUAGGAUUGGACGGUGGAACUACUUCCACCGUCUGCGUUUGUGUCCCCGUCUUCUCUUUCAAGGAUGCCCUACCCGAUCCUCUUCCCGUUCUCUCCCGUUCCGUCGCCGGUUGCUCCAAUCACAACAGCGUCGGCGAAGCUGCUGCAGAGGAGACAGUUGAGCGGGUUAUGGCAGAUGCACUUUCAAAGUCUGGUUCAAACCGCUCUUCUGUUGUAGCUGUUUGCUUGGCAGUUUCCGGUGUUAAUCAUCCAACUGAUCAGCAACGCAUGUUAUGUUGGCUUAGAGACAUAUUUCCUAGCCAUGUUCAACUAUUUGUUGAGAAUGAUGCCAUAGCUGCUUUGGCUAGUGGAACAAUGGGAAAGCUUCAUGGAUGCGUUUUGAUAGCUGGUACAGGAACUAUUGCUUAUGGAUUUACUAAAGAUGGUAGAGAAGCUCGAGCUGCUGGUGCAGGUCCUGUCUUAGGUGACUGGGGCAGUGGUUACGGAAUAGCUGCCCAUGCAUUGACUGCAGUCGUAAGAGCUCAUGAUGGUCGUGGACCAUUUACAAUGCUUACAUCAAGUAUUUUAAGGAACCUUAAACUUUAUUCAGCAGAUGAACUUAUUGGAUGGACAUACGCGGAUCCUUCUUGGGCUCGAAUUGCUGCUCUUCUUCCAGUUGUGAUUUCUUGUGCAAAGAGUGGUGACCAGGUUGCAAUAAAGAUCUUGUUUGAUGCGGUUGAAGAGUUAGCUUCCAGUGUUAAAGCUGUUGUUCAAAGACUAAGUUUGAGUGGGAAAGAUGGAAAGGAUUCGUUCCCUUUAGUAAUGGUUGGUGGUGUUCUUGAACCGAAUAAUGGUUGGGACAUUGGGAAAGAGGUUGUAAACUCUAUCAGUGAUUACUUCCCGGGGGUUCUACCUAUUCGUCCAAGGGUGGAGCCUGCAAUAGGAGCAGCUUUGUUGGCUUGGAAUGUUUUGAUGAGACAAUCAGUGCAAAAAGGAUACGAAACGUUAUAAAUAUACUUUAAUUUGUACAGUGGCUAAGGCAACAAGAAAAUUGUUUCAAAGAAGCUUCAGCUAGUAGUAAUUAUUAAUUAACUCUCUUUUGUUUCAUUUUCAUACGCCAUUUUAGUCUCU